CUCGUCCCGCCCCUUUUCGGGCGCCGCUGGUAGCAGGCGUCGCAGUCUCUGCAAGCAACCAUGUCCAAAAAGCAGAAUCGGGGAUGGCGGGCACUUUCUCCGGCUUCCCCUUCGGCUGGGAGGUGGAUUCUGGGGUGCAGGCGCCCGCCCAGGGACGCAGGCAAGACUGGAGACUGACUAGCAGCGGAGUGGGGCUCAACUAUCGCCCCCCAUUACCCUUUCCGCCGCCCUAUGCACGAUCGACGCUCCACGAGCCCCUGCCCCCCGCCUCUGAGAACGUGUGGCGAGAUGAGGUCAUUCCACGGCUGGCUACCACCACACAACUCGCCCACGACAAGAAGACCCAUGGGGGAGUUCUGAGUCAGCCCCGGCACUCUGUCGCCGCCCUGCACUGGGAAGUCCUUUACAAUAAAGAUUUGAGAGAGAAGCUGAAGCUGAGAGCAUGGAGGUUCCCACUGACUAUGGGCAACCAAAAGAGCGAAAUGAGAGACCGCUUCCCUGGCUGGCCCAACCUGCCACAUGACCCCACCUUUCAUGCUGGUCCUCAGCCAUUCGGGCUGGCUGCUCAUCACGAGAAUGGUGCAUCUAAGAACAUUGUGGCUAGUACAGAGAAUAAAGCGCUGGUGGGCACCCCCUUCUACGUCCGUGACAAGGCCGUUCUACGACUCAAUGAACCCUAUAUGUCCAUCACCACCCAGGACUUCCGGGCCUUCACAGAGAAGGAACUACAAGGCUAUCCGCGGAAGGAUGCCCUCACAUACUGGCAGUGUGAGGGUUUCCCAAAAUGCCGGGGCCAUGGCUUGAAGGAGAACCCCCAGGCACGGGAUUCCUACCCUCUGAUCCGCGUGCCUGGACCAAUGCGGGACAUCAGUCAGUUCAAGCUCGCCACCCGGGUGCCUCGCCUGGGCCCGAAAACAGCCGCUGUGCCACACCGAGGCCUACUCACUUUGAAACAGGAGUCUUACCAACCACCCCAUGACUACAAGCGCACCUGGGACCGCUUCUGCCCAGUAGAGAAGCCACCCACAGUCUCCUGCAAAGUGCCCGUGGUAGAGAUCAUGUGCGUGCCACACAUGUAUGAGACGGAGUAUAAAUGCUAUGGAAGCGGCAAAUUUGUGCCAGUGUAAAAGGCCGGGUGUGGCAACAGUUCAGGCGUUUUGGCCCCCUCCCUUCUCCCACUCGAAAAAUCAGAAAAUAUAUAUCUAUCACUUGCCCCUUGUGCUCAUUUUGCUAAGCGGCCACAGAGCAUUACAUUUGGAGCCAUUUAGAAAAAGACAGAAUUUGUGGUGUGUUGUUCUGCAACAAUCAAUUCCAGAUUCACAAGUAUCCGAUUAGAAGAGGGGUUUUUUUGUUGGUCAGGGGGGUUGUUUGUUAUUGUAACUUGUAUUUUUAGCUUUAGGACAAUAUGAUCCGAACAGAUACACAGGUGGUCCUCGUUAUGCAUGGGGGUUCCAUUCUGGCCUAUAACCGUGGAUAAUGAAACCGAGGAUAACGAGAUCUUGAGUCAAUGGGAAGUAGGGGAUUAGGUUCCCUGAGGUUAAAAAAGGGCUAAAAAAAAAGCAGGGAGGAGGUGGAAAUAAGAUCAAUAAAAUACUGUACCAUGCUCUCCAGGUCUCCAGCUGUCCAGCAAUGCCUCCCUAAAACCCCAGUUCCUAUGAUUUUCGUUGAAAAAUCACGGGGGAACAUUUUUUUAGAAAGAGCCACAGACUGGCUCCGUGCUGCAAAUGGUGGCCAGAAAUGACAUCAGGAGUAAUUUCUGGCCACCCAGGAACCGCACAUAGGUGGAUUUUGCCUAUUUUUUUGAACUGCGAAUAAUGAGGCCGGGUCUAUUUAGCCUGCUGCAGAUCCGCAAAACCACAGGUGCGGGGACCGCAGAAAAUGAGGACUAUCUAUAAAAGCUGCACUUCUGUUCAGACUUACCUGGGAGAAAGGCUUGUUGAACUCAAACGUUGGCCAUUAUGGCUGGGGAUGAUGGGAUUUGGAGUAGUUGUAGAUUCAACAAACUAUGGUGUGUUAUAUGAAUUACCCCUGCUAACUUGGUAAAGAGGCACCUUUUAACAUGGUGAUUCUCUUUAUUUAGCAGGGGGAGAGUAACUGCCCUAUCCACCCCCAGCACAGUACCUCCAGUGACUGUUGCUGGUGUCUCUCAUAUGUUUCUUUUUAGGUUGUAAGCCCCUUGGGGACAGGGAUCCAUCUUAUUUAUUAUUUCUCUGUGUAAACUGCCCUGAGCCAUUUUUGGAAGGGCGGUAUAGAAAUCAAAUCUAAUAAUAAUAACAACAACAAUAAUAAUAAGGAAAUGAAAUACAUUAACUCCUGCAUUCUAGGAGUUAUCUCACAGGAUUGCUAAGGGGCACAAGAAACACAUUGAUUCUUAAUUUCUGCUGACACUUUCCCUGUUCACAUUUGGGUGUUUGAAUCCUCAUCCUUGCAGAAGUGCUUAGAGUGCUGGGUCCAUAGCUAGCUUGAAUGCAACAGAGGGAACAUGCUAAAAGAGCCAGCGUGGUAUAGUGGUCAGAGUGCUGGACUAGGACCAGGGAGACCUGAGUUCAAUUCCCCAUUCAGCCAUGAAACUAGCUGGGUGACUCUGGGCCAGUCACUUCUCUCUCAGCCUAACCUACUUCACAGGGUUGUUGUGAAAGAGAAACUCAAGUAUGCAGUACACCACUCUGGGGGAAUAUAAAUGUAAUAACUAAUAGUAAUAAUAAACUAGCAGGAACCUACAUAUGGUCAGUGCAAAAGAGGUGUACAUCUGGAAUUAGCAACUAAUAAUAUAGCUUGUGUCUUCCACCCUUCUGGCAAAUAGCUCAUUCCCAGUUUAUCCUCAUAGCAAUAUGGGAGGUAGGUUAGGCUGAACAAAGGUGACUACCCAGUUGGAUGGAGGCAGAUUUCUCAGCUACUACACCUCUUUACUUUUGUCAUUUCCGUGUGUUUUUGAGUACAACUCCCUCCAUUGGAUGCCAGUUGGUGAUUUAAGAAGAGUGGGCACAAGCUAGACUGGAAUCUACUGGCAAAAGGUCUGGGUGACUUGCAGUAGACCAGCAAGGCUUUUUGUAAUCCCAGUAUUUUAACAAUAGCAAUAACAAAAAAGGAGUCCCCCACCCCCCAAAAAAAUUAGGAUGCUGAAAAGAAAGUCUGAGGGGGAAACAGAGUAGAUUUGGGGGUGAAAGGACUGUGCUCCAUUCUGAAAACAAAGUUCCAAGCAUGUGCACAUUAAUUUUAAGUGCAUGUCUCCCCCCGCCCACCAGCCACCAUCAGCCACUAUUUUAUACAUAGCUUUGAGUGGUGAAUUUAAAGGUUCUAGUGUAAACAAACAAAAGAAACCUGUAGUGACCAUCCUCCCCUCUCCCAAACAGUUAAGCAGAAGUUAACCCUGUCUUGACUGACAGGCUGGUGAACUCUAGGGUUCAGCCAAUCAGCACAACAGGUGGGUGGGACCUCGAGGGCUGUUGCCAGGAAGAGGGGAGGUAUUUUGUGAGAGAAGAGAAGCUGGGCUGGAGGUGCUCAGAAGGAUGUGUGGCCAUGGAUGAUGGCUGCAGCAGAGUGACUCUGCAGAUCCUUGAAAGACAGGAGAGCAGGAAGCUUGAAUUUUCAUCCAGAGUUUGGUGAGUUCAAGGCAAGGAGCCAGGGCUUUGGCUUUGGGAAAAUUAACUUAGGGGAAAGUUUGUUUAGUCAGACUGCAUUAGAAUUUCUGUUUUUUUGGUGUGUCUUUUGCAUAUUCCUGAUAAUGUUCUAUUAUUGCUUACCUGUAACGUAAUUGAAAUAACGCUAACCUAUGCCCAUCCUACCUAGGGUGUUGCAAAAGACUCUAUAAAUAUUUAAGCGUGCAUUAACACAACCUAUUUUUGUAACCUACUAAGUCUUUUUAACUGUAUUUAAAAGCUGAGAAAGCCUCAGACGGAAGCAGUCUGUAGUAAUUGAAUAAAACUGGUUUUUUAGUUCUUU